UCCAUUAGAGGCACUUACAGUAAACCUGGAUGGUCCUGUCCUGGGAUUCCCAGCAGAGCAAAAUGAGGAUGAUUCAGUCACACUUCCUGUAAAAGAUCACAACACCAACGGAUAACAAGCCAGUCAACACUGCCUGCGCCUCUCUCGAUCAAAGGAAAAUGAUCAGUGAUCCGGCGCUGGAGAGUGAUAUUAAAUGUGCUGUGUGUCAAGGCAUUUUGUCUGACCCGACCACUAUACCAUGUGGACACAACUUCUGCAUCAAGUGCAUCGAAAGGUGCUGGGACAUGGAGGUGUACUCGGGCACCUACACUUGCCCACUGUGUAAGAAUACCCUCAGCAGGAGGCCAACUCUGAGCAGGAACACUACACUGGACAGCAUGGUCCAAAAUUUCCUACGGCUGAGGACUCUGUUGCCUAAAGAGGACAGCAUGAAGACUCAGCGUGACAUCGCAGACAUGAAAGAGAGACUGAAGAAGCAGACACGAGAGAGAGAGGAACACCUGGAGAAGCUGAGAGCUGCAAUGGUAUCCCUCGAGCAAUCGGCUGAGGCAGCGGUGCAGGACGGCGAGGGGAUUUUCAACGAGCUGCUGCGCACCUUGGAAGGCAAGAGAGCGCGGCACCAAGAGCACAUCAGAGAGAGGAAGAAAGCCCUGCUGAGCCGAGCGGAGAAAGAGGAGAAGCAGCUGAUCGCCCAGAUCUCCAUUAUGAGAAGAAAAGACAUGGAGCUGGACGGUCUGGUUGCCCCUGUGCAGAACAAUGGCCAGUUCCUCCAGAAAUGGCAAGAGAUCAACAACACUCUGCAACAAGCAAAACAACCCACAGUGGUCAUCAAUAACAGACAUUUCUUCCCGUUUGUUAAGACUGAUUUGAAGGAUUUGAGAGACACUGUUGUGAACAAAUGGGAUGAGGCCUUAGAGAGCAUUCACCAACAAGUUAACGAUGUACAGAUUUUGCAAGCACCACAAAUCAAACCACGCAAUAAACCAGAUCUAGGUGUCAAGAAACAUGUCAUUGUCAACAAAUCCUUAGAUGUCCCUGAAAAUGACCACAUGAAAGAUCAGGGGCCAACCAUACCCAAAAGAGAGCCACCUGUAAUCACCCCAAAGCCGGCUCCAAUAAGAAGAAGCCAGACAUUCAUGGAAAAACCAACAACAUACAUGUCCUUGUUCAGUGGAAAGCCUGCUGACAGCUCUGUGACCAGAAGGGACUUGUUAAAGCAUGCCUGCUUUCUGUCCCUGGAUCCUGAGACAUGCAACCCCCUCUUACAGCUCUCUGAUGUCAACAGAAAGGCAAUGUGGGUGGACCGUCGUCAGCGCAGGCCAAGCCUCCCCAAGACGUUUGACCACUGGGAGCAGGUGCUGUGUGUGGAGGGCCUGGUCGGAGGGCUCUGCUACUGGGAGGUGGAGUGGCGGGGGAAGGGAGUCUUCAUCGGCGUGGCCCUGGAGGGACUCUGCAGGAAGGGCAAGGGCUUGGAGUGCGGGCUGGGUCGCAACGCCAGCUCCUGGAGCCUUCACUGCACCGAUCGCCAGUACACGGCCUGGCACAAUGACAUCGAACAUGAAAUCACCACCAAAAGCUUCUCCCCCAGGAUUGGUGUGUUCUUGGACCAGCUGGACGGGACACUGACGUUCUACAGCAUCUCCAACACGGUCACUGAGCUCUAUAUGUUCAAGGCCCAGAACUUGCGCGGCCUCCUCUUUCCUGGCUUUGGAGUAGGGAGAGAGUCGUCUGUGAAGCUUUGCAUGCUGGAGAAACAUAACUCACCAGUACUGUGCUGAGCGAGGACGCACACACACAACACAAGAAUGAUGCAGUUUGCGUAUUAACUUAUUCUGCAAAUUGCAACUUUGAAACUCGCUCGAUCAUUGAGAUCUGUGUUGACUGGCCGCAAAAGCUGCAUUAUGCAGAAAAAAAAUAAAUUAUAUAUAUAUAUAUAUAUAUAUAUAUAUAUAUAUUAUUAUUUCUCUGCAGGAAGUUCACAUGAUUCACUGCACUUUAUUCUGCAUGUUUUGCUUUUUGUUUAUGUGAUGUUGGCCUGGUUUAGUUUGCACAGAAAUAUUUGCAUCCUCUAAUUACCUGCGGCCCACCAUCUGCGGUCUACAUUUGGGUAGAGGGGGGGAGUAAUGAUCCAUGCUGGAGAUGCAGCCAUAAUUAGGCCGGCUGGAGAAGAAGAUAUCGUCUUCUGACAAAUGACGUCUUAGGUUAAUUCCAAACACAAGCACAAAUAAUUGGCGCUGCAAUCUGUUGUGCAAUAAAAACCAACCAUGAUGAUUAUGGAGUGAAACAGAGAUAAUACAGAGUGAGAAAUUCUUACCGCCUCUCAUGGUCUCCUGAGUGAGAUAAGUGUGAGAGAUUCACUAACCAUAUAAAAGCUCUAAUUGCAGAGUGGUUCUGGAGCACAGUGAGACAGAGUCUGCUCGAAGUUUGUGAAAACCUGUCUGUGUAGAAUUCAUUGAAACAUGCC